AUGUCGCGCGGUCAUAUGCCCACCGUGGUGACGGCGAAGGGGUCGGAGGAGCAGGGCGGGAACAGGAUGUACGCACCGAGUCGGAUGCAGAGUGCUCGAGACUUGCCAGGGCAACUGACGAUGAAACGUCGAGCCGAUCUCGAAGGCCUUGUGGAGAAGGACUUGAAGACGGAGCUGGCGGAGAAGGAACGCAAGCACUUUAGAGAGAAGCUGUUGGACAAGCCCAUGGACUUCGAGGAGGAGAGGCUGCGGGACCUCGAGUUGCUUCAACAGGGCGGGGGCGGUGGCAUGAAACUCAUUCCAAGAGCGGUCGACGCGGACGACAUCGACUCCGAAGACGACAGCGACGAGGACGACGACGACGACGACGACGAGGAGGCGGCGCUGAUGGCGGAGCUGGAGAAGAUCAAGCAGGAGCGCGCGGAGGAGGCGGCCCGCAAGGCGGCGGAGGAGGCGGCGGCGGAGGAGGCGAACAAGCGCGCCAAGGUGGGCGCCGGGAACCCGCUGCUCGACGUGGCGGGCGCGGGCGCGGCGGGCGACGCGACGCUGAAGCGCAAGUGGUACGAGGACACGGUGUUCCGCAACCAGGCCAAGGGGGAGCCCAAGGCGCAGAAGCGGUUCAUCAACGACACCGUGCGGUCCGACUUCCACCGGAAGUUCCUCGAACGGUACAUCAAGUGA